UUGCUAGCUAACCCUCGCUUUUGCCCACACACUCUUCCACACCAUCUCUCUCGGUGUUGGUUUCGGAGGAGGAGCAGUUGCGGGGCGCCGGGGGGUUGGUGGGAUUUGGUCUGGAAAUUAGUGAGUGAUACGGACAGUGGAGUAGGGCCGUUGUGGAGGGCGCGUGUUUGGAAGGGGGAUGAGAGAACUUAUUUUAGUUUCGUGAUCAUCUGGCCAUGGUCUUGCGCCAUGUGAUGAGAGAGGAUGUAAGCAGACGACUGGUGAGAUUGGAAGAUUGCGAGGGUGGAAGGUGCAUCGGCUUCGCCAUGGAGAUUCUUUGGGGCGUGAUGCGUGUGUGAUGGAGUAGGAGGGAAAGGAGAAAUUGAAGGAGUUGAGGCAGUGGUACAUGUGUGUCAUAGGUGCGGCAAAUGGGAGGAGAUCUGUGCUUGGAAGGCGGUGAGCUUGUUGUAGCUGUAGAAGACCCUUUUUCUAUCGGGCUAGCUGUGGACUCGCAGGGUCUGUUUUAAUUGCAUAGAUUCAUGUGGGCUGUUACAUUACGCAAGGUUCCCUGUUUCUGCGCGGAUCGACAGAAUAUUCUUGAGGAGUGGUGGAAAGUGAUGGCCAAAGAUAGUGACGAUCAGUAUGCACAUCGUAUAGGUACCAGCACCGUUUUCGCGUCUUUGAGGUGCUGGAGUAAAAAAUUUGCGAGGUCCAGCAAUUGUAAUGUCAGCUAGGAAACCGAUGCUCUCAGCUCCGGCCGGGCAGCGAAUGGCAGAUCAAUCACGUCAUGGAGUUCUGGAGCGUGAUAUUGAACAGGCCAUAACCGCACUGAAGAAAGGUGCGCAACUCUUGAAGUAUGGUCGGCGUGGGAAACCAAAAUUUUGUCCAUUCAAACUUUCUAGUGAUGAGAAUGCACUAAUAUGGUACUCCGGUGGGGAGGAGAAAAGACUUUGGUUAAGUACCGUAUCUAGAAUAAUAACUGGGCAACGUACACCAGUUUUUCUGCGUUACCCAAGGCCAGAAAAGGAGUGCCAGUCGUUUUCACUGAUACACGCGAACGAGGAACGGUCACUGGAUUUGAUAUGCAAGGAUAAAGAUGAGGCAGAAGUCUGGUUCGUGGGUCUGAAAGCUUCUGUAGCCGGCGCUCAGUUACGAAAGUCGAAGCUCCACACCUUAAGGCAUGAUGGUUCUGUGGAAAAUAUUAGUCCAGCAGUAACUAGGCAUAGUUCACCUUUGACGUCUCCGUUCGGAAGUACAGACAAUCUUAAUCAGGAAAGCGGAGAUUUUUUCAAAAAUUCGAGUUUCAUAGGCAGCCCUUUGCGAUCAGAGAAAGGAUAUCUUGGUGGAUCACUAUCUACAGUAGAAACAAAGAACAACUAUGACGCGGGUUCUGUAGGAGGGUCGAUGCAUUCCGGGAGUUCAUCGAUGGGUUCCGACAGCGUGAGUGCACAGCUGAGGCUUGUCGGCGCGGGGCAAUCUGACAAUUACAGAAUCAGCAUGUCAAGUGCUGUGAGCUCGUCGAGCCAGAGCUCUCAGCAUGGCGAGGACGGGUCACACCACGCUGAGGCGUUGGGUGAUGUGUACAUGUGGGGGGAGGGUGUAGGCGAUGGCAUUUUGGGGGGCGGUUCAGUGAGAAUCGGCGCUGGUGGCGCUAUGAACUUGGAUGCUCCUCUGCCGAAGGCUUUGGAGUCUGCCAUUGUUCUUGACGUGCAGUACGUUGCCUGCGGGGGAAAGCAUGCGGCACUGGUGACGAAGCAGGGAGAGGUGUUCACGUGGGGGGAGGAGUCGGGCGGGCGGCUUGGGCAUGGGGUGGAUUGCGACGUGUCACAUCCUCAGCUGGUGGAAGCUCUGGCAUCGUCGACGACGGAAGUUGUGGCAUGCGGGGAGUAUCAUGGUUGCGCGGUGACGCUGUCCGGGGAUCUGUACACUUGGGGGGACGGGACGCACAGCCUGGGACUGCUGGGGCACGGCAACGACAUCAGCCACUGGAUACCGAAGCGAGUGAACGGGCCGUUGGAGGAGGUGCGAGUGGCGUCGAUAGCAUGUGGACCUUGGCACACCGCGGUGGUGACGACGGCGGGGCAGCUGUUCACGUUCGGGGAUGGGACGUUCGGGGUGCUGGGACACAACGACAGGCAGAGCGCAUACUCUCCGCGGGAGGUGGAGUCGCUGAAGGGAUUGAGGACGGUGAGGGCGGCAUGCGGAGUGUGGCACACCGCAGCGGUGGUGGAGGUGAUGGUGGGAAGCUCGAGCGCGAGCAGCUGCUCAUCCGGAAAGCUGUUCACGUGGGGGGACGGGGAUAAGGGGCGAUUGGGGCACGGCGACAAGGAACAGCGGCUGGUACCGACGUGCGUAGCGGCACUGGUGGAUCACAACUUCCGGAAGGUGGCGUGCGGGCACAGCCUGACGGUGGCACUGACGACGAAGGGGGAGGUGUUCACGAUGGGGAGUUCGAUGUUCGGGCAGUUGGGGGAUCCACAAGCGGAUGGGAAGCUGCCAGGGAUGGUGGAGGGGAGGCUGGUGGAUGCGUAUGUGGAAGACAUAGCGUGCGGAGCACAUCACGUGGCUUGUGUGACCCUGAAGUCGGAGGUGUACACAUGGGGGAAGGGUGCGAACGGGCGACUGGGGCACGGGGACCAGGAAGACAGGAACACGCCGACGCUGGUGGAAGCGCUGAAGGAGAAGCAGGUGAAGAGCAUCGCGUGCGGUGCAACGUUUACAGCUGCUGUAUGCCUGCACAAGUGGUUGUCGGGAGCGGACCAGAAUGCGUGCUCUGGGUGCCGGCAACCGUUUAGUUUCACUCGCAAGCGGCAUAACUGCUACAACUGCGGGCUGGUUUUUUGCCACGCGUGCAGCUCGAAGAAGGCUCUGAAGGCGUCGUUGGCUCCGAAUCCAGGGAAGCCGUAUCGGGUAUGCGAUCCGUGCUGCGUGAAGCUUCGAAAGGCGAGCGAGGGCGGAGUAGGAGCCGGAGCGUCGUUGUCGAAGCGGGGUGCUCCGAGCCGGAAUCGGGGGAUGGAGGUGAAAGAAGGAUCUGGCAAGGGGGAGUUCCGGGUACCUAGGCCUCAGGCGCCAAACGCAGGGAGGCCGCCGAUCACAUUGGAAUUUGGAAAGGCGGGGGAGGGGAAGUUGGGGAUGAAGCGGGGCAAGAAGCCGGAGAAUUCAUCAAGUCGAGUAUCACCAGUCCCGAACGGGACGAGUGGCGGGUCGACGUGGGGUGCGGUGAGCGUUCCAGCGGGGUUUUCGAAACCUCCAUUCCAACCAAGUCUGAACGGUCCGCUGGCGAUAUCGAGCUCGGUAGUGUCAGGUCGGGCGGUGUCAAGAGCAGUGUCACCCCUGUCGAGACGGACAAGCCCUCCUCGAUCGACGACGCCGACUCCAACGGGGUCUGGGCUGGCGAUACCCAAGACGGUGGUGGAGGAUUUGAAGAAGACGAACGAUACUUUGAGUGACGAAAAUAUUCAACUGAGGUCUCAGGUUGAGAGUUUAGCUCGUCAGCUCCAAAAUUAUGAGAAGGAGAUUCAGCGUUCAGCUCAGCAACUUCAGAAUGCUAUAGCCUUGGCAACAGAGGAAGCUGCGAAGUCUAGAGCCGCCAAGGAAGUCAUUAAGUCGCUUACUUCUCAGCUUAAGGAGAUGGCAGAGAAGUUGCCUCUGGGCGGUUUCAGACUCUCGCAUUCUCGGUCGGGGUCAUUAUCUCGUCUUGACGUCCCAAAUGGCGCUCUAGGCAGUACUGACUUCGAUGCACUGGGAACGGCAGGUGGUGAAGGUAUAGGUGUGCACUUGCAGCAGUUUAGUUCCAACCCAGCAUCCCACGUCCCUGAUUUUGAGGCACUUGGAGUUACCAGCCCUCAUUCAGCAUCUAGUCCGCUUUCGGGACGAGGAUCACAGCGGCUGGGUAGCCCUCAAUCUACUUCUAGCCCUCACGCCGGCACCGAGGCUGACAUCGGCAGUACGUUAGGCAGGGUUGUAGGAAGUGGGCGAAUGGCAACUAGACUGGCGGAAGUAGAUACAAAUGAAUAUGAUACAGCUCAACGAAAUGAUGAAGGGAUCAGAGCAUCAGGCACUUCUGUGUCAUCUGAGAAUGGAAGAGAACCCGAGACAGAGUGGGUAGAGCAAGACGAGCCUGGGGUUUACAUCACGUUGACAGCUCUUCUAGGAGGCGGGAAGGAUUUGAAACGCGUGCGGUUCAGUCGAAAACGGUUCAGUGAAAGGGAAGCUGAGCAGUGGUGGGCAGAGAACCGGGUAAGAGUACACGAGCAAUACAAUGUACGAGGUGGAAUUGAUAGGGGAAGCAAUCCAAGUGGAGCUCCUGGUUCAGCUGCUUUGCCACUGGGAAGCAGGCAAGGGGAUGACGGGAGGUCAAUUCCUUUCUCCUCCAGGCCUGGUUCAUACUGACACAUUGUCGUUAUUGAGCAUUUUAGUGUAGAUUAUUCCGUAAUGAUGGUCAAGAAACAUGGAGCAGAGAUAUCUUUGAAUCCUUUGUGAAAGCUCCAACGAAGUAUUUGUUACAUUGGAGAAGUGGUAACACAUUGUUGCCCUCUUGUGAGGUUAAUCAUCAUAAAAUGCAGCAUCCUCACUUGCUAUUCACUAUGCCUUGAACAACUGUGUUAUCUGUAGUUGGCUGCGGCUUCCCAGUUUUCAAUUCGUUUGAUAUCAUAAUGGCCGCCAUACCGUGAAGGACAGCUCUUUCUAACCAGGAGUUCAAUGCGGAGUGAAGAUCUCUUUUUCUUUUUCUUGAUACAGUAGUACUUGGUGAAAGGAAUGGCUUCGCGGGGCUCUUCAGUGGUAGAUUAUGAUUACCAGAAAGUAGUUUUUCUGGUUAAUGUCUUAAAUUGCCUGGAUAAUGACAAAGCUGGGCAGUGGGAAUACAUUAUGAUUUAAUGAAUGCAGCAGCCUACCUUGUCUAGAAUUAGUCGAUACAUUUGGUAGUGUGUGUCAAGGUAGUUCUUAAUGAUACUGUAGACAUGGCUAAACUGCCAUGAGGGUGCACCAUAUGCCCACACUGCUGGAAUGCCCUUGAAGGAGGGGUAACCCUUUAGGUAGUGCUGGAAAGCAUAAGCUGGAAGAGCGAGAUGUGUGAAUAUCUUGUAAUAUAUACUACUUAUUCACUA